ACACACAAGCCAGUGUCUACCCUCUACUAAAACAACACCUUGUUGGAAGCAGGGUCUCCCCAUCAAGAUGGACAUAUGUUAGCGGUGGUGAGGAAGAUGAAAUGGAUGGGCAGAGCGACAAGCGUUACCGGUGACUUUCGGAGCUAAAUAUGCACCUCCGAGGCAUUAAUUUGACGCCUCAUCACACUUCGCGGCACCACCACAAGGUCUGUACCACUUAUAUCGUCCGUGCACACUUCGCCAUCGUCGAAGGAUAUUCCACGGGCCCAAGCGAUAAAAGGGCCAAAUGCAGUUACCGUAAAAUCAAAUAUCACGUGUGCAUUCGGUCACAACGGCGGCCCCAAAAGUACUGACGUGGCCCCCAGCGCACAACUUCCAACACUUCCAUGGGCCGCCUCGAUAAGGUGGUCUCCUCGGCGGCUACUGGUGGCGGCCUAAGGACUCGAAACCGCGUCACAAACAAGACCCGUCUCAAGGUUAUUGACGGCGAUGUUGAAGAUGCCGAACUUGUCUUCAUUGAGGAAGACUCGGAUAAGAACAAGGUCCUGGAUACGGCGGGCGUCGAACAUGAGGAUGCCAAGGAAGAGCAUUUGGUCAAAGUCCUCGCCGCGGCUACCCAACGGAUUUCAGGCCGUAUCCCCAAAUCAACCGAAGAGAAACCAUCAACAGCACAUAUUCCCAUACCCGAUGCUACAGGUGUCGUCGACAACUAUUUGGAGCACUACCCAGAAGGUGUUUGGACCGACCCAGCGGCUUAUGUCAAGUCUUCGGACACGGUUGAGGAGUGUGUCGAUGGUGCCAUUCUCGGCGGGUCGACAUACGACAUGGACGAACGCGACGUUGAAUGGCUGCAGAAGAACAACAGCAUCGCCCUUGGCGAAGGCUCAAGUAGCGCAAUUCCCUCGCCGACUCGCAAUGUCAAAACCCGGGGCAAGGACAUUGCUUCAGACCGACUUUCUUUUGUCAUCACCGAGGACGAGAUAGAACUCGUGAUGGGUCUGUUCGAGAAGUUCACCGACGAGAAAUGCCCUUUCCUUCACCUUGACAUCAAGGGCCUCCCGCCAUUGUCCGAGUACGAGCCGCUCUUCGCCACCCCCCUGUCCCCAACUCUUUUCGCCUCGUUCAUAGUUCCUCCCCAUGCCCGAGACCCCUCACAUCUCAUUCGGCUCGCUCGAACAAUAUACCCCCACUACAAGGAGCGGAAAAUUGCUCGCCAAGGUCACAAAAUAAUACCCUCAUUAAAUUUCGACGAAUCCAAUUCUGAAGAUGCUUACGUGUGUUUCCGCCGACGAGAUGUCAAGUCAGUUCGUAAGACCCGUCGGACGGAUACGACGCCUGCCGAAAAGGUCUCACGGCUACGGCAGGAGCUUAUCAAGGCGAAAGAUCUCGCUAACUUAACCGUUUCGCGUGAGGUCAAGAAGUUGGAGCUCAAUAAGGACGCGCGCAGCGUUCUCGAAGCGAGGAUCAGGUUUAUCGAGUUGAAAAGGAAGCAUCCACAGUUCUCGCUGAGCACAGAUGACCAACUACUCGUGGACCCCGAACGCGUGUUGGCCAAGCGGCCGAAGAUGACGUUGGAGCAGAACGCCGUGUCGCUGAAAAUACCGCGACGAAGUAAGGAUCCUACAGACUUAAAUUCGCCCUAUCCGGCCCUUGAAGAGCAAGUGCAUCCACAUGAGCGUGCCGAGUUAUUCGCUAAGGAGAUCGAGCGCCAAUGCGAGAUGAGAAAGAACUCGGGCUGGGAGGAUUAUUUAGAUCUCCCGACGAGUUUACCCAUCUCAGAUCACUUUUUUCACGCUCUUUCCCUCGCUGUAUCGCCAUCAAAGUCUUCGGUAGAGCACACAGGACGUUCACCGUUCUCGAUCCGAAUACGUACAGGGCGAGGCGGCCGGUCAUUCAUCGAUCGUCGCCCGUUCCACGGAAGAAGAAGAGGAGAUCCUCGGAAUACCCCACCCCCAGUUCCGCAACUAUUUUCAUCAACUCUCUCAUCUGAGGGUGGACUUUGGUCCCACUCACCGAAAGAGUUGACCGUUCAUAUCAAGUCGGAUGAGGGCGAUGAAGGCUCUCAUGAUGAGCCAAAGGAUGAGUAUGUGCGGAAGAUCAAUGAGCAGUGGAGGUUCGACGAUGAUGCGGUAGUGAUGGAAGAGGAGCAACGGGUAUUGAUUGAUGACUUUGACGCUCGGUAUAUUCCCUCGCGUCUUUCUCUAUUUGGGGAAUCGGAACUCAUUGGGUUGUCGGUGGACGAAAGCCACAUCCGCAACGCCGAACUGUACGCCAACGCUAAACAGGAGUCUGGUCAACGGGCACUUAUGGCGGCGCGGCACCAGUAUAUCGCGAUGAAGGAAAUGACGAUUAAGGAACGGAUGCGUCAGCAGCUUACAACGGCUGGGGGCAACAUGGCGUUACUCCUAGUCAACCCACCCACGCCGGACCAGAAUGCCCAGAUGCAGAAUGCGGCGCUCGCCAUGCAAGCAUCAGGUCAGCUCCCGAUGAAUACCUCUGCUCUAGCUGCAGUUACACAGCAGCUACAGCAAUCCGGCACGAUCCCCGUGUAUAACGGGCAGAUGCCUCAGUCGGCAGCACAUUUGAAAAAGAUGGCCCAAAUGCCUAUGCUAGCACCGCAGCAGCGAGCCGGUUUCAACAUUUCCCAAACCUCUCAAAUGGCUGUCAAUGGGAAUUUGCCACAAAUACAGCAGCAACAAAUCCAGCAACCCCACCCCCAACUCCUUCAACAACCUUCACCGACAACACCAGCUUCAUCGCAGCCCCAAACCCAGUCCUCUGCAGGCCCAGCGCCUCCACAACCUACUCCGUCAUACAACCCCUCUCCUCAUUUAUCCCCAACUUCCAUGCGUCCACCCACUCCCUCCGUCUCACCCACAGAUCCCAACCCGGGUCUUACGCAAAACUCUCCUACACGCCCACCUUCUCAGAUCACGCAGCAGUCCCCCAUGGUCGUGCCUCAAAUCACUGGCAUGCCAUUCCACAGCGCAUUACCGUUCAACUAUACGCCGGGCCCCAAGCCAUCUCAGAUAUUAGCGGGGCAACAGCAAUUACCGCAGCACUACUCGCGGGAGCAACUGGCGCACCAAAUAGCGCAACAGCACCAGCAUGCGGCUAUGAAGAAUGGAAUAAACACCGUGAACGGCGGGCAUCCAUACCUGAACGGAACAUCUCAACAGCAUGUACAGCAAAUGCCGAAUGGUGUACCUCGCAACGGCAUGAUGAUGAUGCCGCCGCCUCAAGCAUAUCAUGGCCUCCAUAUGGCGAAUAAUGCUGCGAAUGGGGCGCCGCCAGUGAUGAACAUGUCCGCGACAAACAUGCCGUUGAAAUCUGCGAGACAAUGGCCGCGUCAUAGCGGUGGUCAGGCGGAUAUAAAUAGCAACGCUCCAAACGGUAAUCCAACAGGUUCUCCUGUUAUGCAGCAUCACGUCAACUCGCCAAAUCUUGGAGGACAAGGCUCGCCUGUACGUAUGAACGGGGUGCUGCCUGGUGGGAGGAAUUCGCCUAUGAACCCUCAUCCAUCCCUGCAACAGUUGCCGCAACAUCAACCCUCGCCGCUGAUGGACGUACACCAUGGGGCACCUCAAAUUCCUUAUCGUGCCACCGCUUCUCCUCGUUCUGCCUCGUCGGUAGCUGACAUUGCAAUGCUUCAACAGCAUCGCCAGUCACAAUCACCUCACCUCGCAAUGCCGAGCCCCGCCCACCAGCAUCAGAUGCUUGGCAACGGUGCUGGCUGAGGCAUCAAUACUUCCGCCCUAUACUUGACCCCAUCACCCCCAUUCUAAUUUCUAAUCAGCCAAAGUCGUCGUCAUGCCCGUUCCCACCUCCCUUGCCAUUCACUUUUACCCUUGGCUCGUUGUAGCGUGCACCUGCUCCGCUCUAUGCCUUUUCUUAAGCUCCGCUUAUGAAAUCUUCUAGUGCGCAAUUCCACGCUUUGCAAUCCUUGCUUAGCGCCAAUUUCCCUUCACGCAUUACUAUUCCUCAUUUCCAUCCCUCUUAUCUGUUCUAUUCCGCCCUGAUGACCCCGGUAUCGACGACAACAUCAAUUCUCCUCUUUUUCCGGCUUUUCUAUUUUUUUUUUU